AUGGACUCAGCCCUGCAACAAAACUUCCAGAAAGAGCUCACCUGUGCCAUCUGCCUGAAUUACUUUAUAAACCCAGUCACCAUGGACUGUGGGCACAGCUUCUGUUGUUCGUGUCUCUAUGUAUCCGGGGAGAAAGCUGAAAGCCCUACUUGUCCUGUGUGCAGGGAACCAUCAGAGCAGAACAUCUUCAAAACCAAUAUUACCCUGCAAAAUCUGGUGUCCAUGGCCAGAAAAGCCAGUCUGCGGCAAUUCCUGAGCUCUGAGGACAAUAGGUGUGGGCUGCACCAGGAGACAAAGCAGAUCUUCUGUGAAGACCACAGGAGCCUGCUCUGUUUGCACUGCUCCAGCUCUCAGGAGCACGAGGCCCACAGACACUGCUCCGUGGAAGAGGCUGCUGAGGAACACAGGAGGAAGCUCUCCAACCAAAUGAGAUCUUUAUGGGAAAAGAUUCAAGAAAUUCAAAAAACUCUCAGUAAAGAUGGCAGAAUACCUGUCUAUUGGAUGGCUUAUCUCUAUAAACGCCAAGAUGAAACCAGGGCUUUUUAUGAGACACUCCAACUGGUUCUCCAAGAGAAAGACAAAAAAAAUUUAGAGAGACUUAUUGAUGAAGAGUCAAAGUUGUCUGAGCAACUGAAGAAAUGUCAAGACGAAAUGAUUGAAAAGAGGAUAAGCCUAAGAGCAAUGUAUGAUGAGCUCAUGGACAUGUGUCUGAAACCAGAUGAAGAGAUGCUUAAGGAACUAGGAGACAAACUAAGAAGGAGUGAGCAGGUGCAGCUGCACAUGCCUCAGCCUCUGCAGCCACAACUCACUGCACGUCCCAUCACUGGACUGAUGGACAGGCUCAACCGCUUCCGAGUGGGAGUUUCCUUCACUGGUGAAAUAACCCAUGACAAUAUACAGUUGUUUAAUGACGUGAGAAGUCUGAGGUUUAUGGGUGAUCUUCCACAUGUGUCUCGGGAUCCUGGAGCAUCUAACUGUUUUGCUGCAUGGGGAACCCAUGUCUUCAAAUCUGGCAAACAUUAUUGGGAGGUGUAUGUGGACAAGUCUUGGGACUGGGCUGUAGGGGUCUGUGAGGAUCCCUGGAUGAAGAAGAAUGGCACAUUGACUGAAUGUAAGGACACAUUUCUUCUUAUACAUGUGAAGGAUGAUAAUCAAACGACUCUCUGGACCACUGCCCCAAUGGCUCGUCAGUACAUACAGAAACCUCUGGGCAGGGUUGGUGUGUUCCUUGAUGUUGACAAUAGAAGUGUAAGUUUCGUGGAUGUUGCGAGGUGUUCUCUCAUUAAGCAUUCCUUCAUUAGGCGUUCCCCAUUUCAGGAGUGUACAGGUGACCUGUGCAAUAACAAUUUCAGACCUUACAUUUCACUGGCAACUCAUGGGUAG